AGGAAAAAGCUCGAAGCUUGGAGGGGUCUGAUGCCGGGGAGUUUCAAGAAGAUGAUGGCUUGUUGGGUGUGAGCUGGAGGAGGGGUCGUUCGUUCGUUCGUUUCUUGGAUCCGUUUCUCUCGAGUUUGCCUCAAAUUUCUGGAAGCUGCGGAGGGAACGGUGAGUUUUACGCUGUUGAUGCGGGUAUUAUAUUUGGAGGCGCGAUAUGGAAGAUGCUCGUGCAAAAGCUUGGAGAGGUGACAAGGUGAAUCAAGCCUCGUCAUGUAAGUCACUGGAGCAAGCUUCUUUGGAUUCCAUGGGAAGCGUGAAUCGAAACCAGUCUCUUGUAUUAAAUGUCAGGAGAUCAAGAAGCGGCAAAAGAUGCAUAAAAAGCCCAACUUACCAAGGCUUCUGUAGCCUAGAUAAUUCGAUUCCAAAGCAUUUGCUGAGUCUAGAUGAGAAGUAUCUUCGAAAUUGCCUUGAGGCAAUACAUCUCAGGGCAUCGAAGGCCACGUCGUGUAACAUCUCUUUGAAUUUGAGUGCUUCGAUGACGAGCAUCUUGUCCAGUGGCUUGUACCUGGCUAACGUAUUGAAUGAGAAUGACCGUGAUUCUACCAAGCUUGCUUUUGCUCGCUCAUUGGUAAUUGGGGCUCCAGACGGAGGUGAGAGCCUUGCUGGCAGUUGGAUUCUAGGUUCGAUUAUGGGGAGCGAAAGCAUGCUUAAUAUAAUGCAUAGCCCUUUAAUGCACCGGGUUGGUGCCCUCGAAUGUGGAGCUAACUUUAGAAGAUCAAACGUAGAUGCGGUUAAGGAUCGUUUGCAUCACGACACGAGUUUUUCAAACCAGUUAAGCAUCGGUUCCUCACAGAAGCUAGAGAAGGAAACACCAAUUUCGGGUUCAUUUAAUUGUGAACCCGAGCCAAAGCACACGAGAUUCUUUUCGAUGUCAAGCGUGAACUCCAUGAGUUCCGAACUAUCUUCUUCCUCAUCCUCCUCAUCUUGCUGUUCUUCUCCUGCUGCUUCUGUGUCUCAAGGAAUGCUGCAUUGCACAUGGAAUGGUGGCAUUCCACAUUUUGUUUUCUCUUUGGGUGAUCAGACAGAACUGUACAUAGCUGAUCUCGCAAAGGUUUCGUCUGCUUUAGAGACACCGGGUUAUAUGUACUCUUUCUAUUCCAAAAUUCAAGGUCGAAAGGAAAAUGCGGUCCGUCAAGGGGAGAACCCGGUUGUUGGUAUAUUGAAGGUAUCGAGGAGAGUCGUUUGUUGUCAGAACGAUUCAAAGAUCAAUGAGACUGAGUUUGUACUAUAUGGUUGUGAAAUUUAUGCGGGAGGUGGAGAGACGGAACCUUCAAGCAAGAACCUGAAAAAAUACAAGAGUUUGUCAAAGAAGGUGAUGGAAGUUUUCAAGAACGGCCAAAUGCACAAGCAAGUAAGUGUUCCCAUAGUUGGGGGAGGUAGUACCAUUUUGGAAAAUCACUGCUCUAAUAAUUGUCAGGAUCUCUCCAAUAAGGUCGAUGCUGGUAAUGAUAUUCAGGAACACUAUCUUCCUACGAACCUUGAAUUGGCUGCCAUUGUCACAAAGGAGCACGUCAAAGAAGAUAAAAGGGAGCGUGCAGGAGGUUGGGGAUUGAAAUUUCUUAAUAAGUUUGGACACAGUCAGAACCUUGAUUCCCCAAGACCGUCGCCACCUUCCCAACAUCGCACUCAAAACAGAGGCCAUAGCUCAACUAGUAUGGAUGUUAUAAUCUCAGCAGGUAUCCAUGGUGGUCCAAGAAUCCCGAAUGGUGGCCCUUCUAGUCUUGUAGAGAGAUGGAGGUCCAAUGGAUGUUGCGAUUGUGGUGGGUGGGACCUGGGGUGUCCGCUCACUAUACUAAGCAACGCAUCAAACAAGGAAGAGAUUUUGCCACAAGAGGAAGGGCAAGGAAAGUGCAAAGAAUUCGAUCUUUACAAACAGGGUUCGGAGCAUUGCCUCCCCACCUUAAGGGUGACAAAUGUGAGCGACAGUUUGUACGUUGUACAUUUUCAAUCAACUCUGUCGGCUCUGCAGUCUUUCGCAAUCGCAGUUGCAUACAUUCAUACACAGAUCCGCUCUCUACUACCCAAAAAUGUACAGGAGUUGAAGUAACAACAAACAGCGGUUCGGUCUAUACCGCAGUUCUAAGCUUUUUUUUUAACCAACUAAAGUGUGAGGUAUAUUACAAUUGUUGUGAUUGCUUUGGCAGGGUCUGACGUUGUUAGUCUUUGAUUAGGUUGUCCUCUAGGUAUUUUAGCUAUUUAUAUCAGGUACAGAAAUUGGAGUUCUGAAUCUGGUAGUCAAAGAUCAUGUAAUUGCUCUUCUUUUUGACUGAAGGUUCAAAUGGCAAAAGGAGUAGAUUUUUGGGAUGCUUCUGCUAUAAUUUGAGUUUAAAAUGUCUCACCUGGGUUGUAAUGAAACUCGACUUUGAAGUUAGCAGCUUGAAGAUUGGAUUUUGUUUCUUACCGUUUA